UCAAGCCUGGUUCCGUUCUAGGUCACAUUGAUUGAUUAACGGUAUAGCAUGAUUUUAUAUCUUCAAAUAUGUUAAUGGAUUAUCAAAGGCUUCAUUUUUGAAAGAAUUAAUUGUUUCUAGCAGUUCUGCCCUGCGCAAUUCAUCUUCACCGCAUUGGUUACCGAGUGAACCUCCCAAAUUAUUUACAAGUCAGUACGAUAAGGAAGCAAGCACAUUUCGGCGGCUACGAGAGAACCUUUUCAACCAUAUUACAUUCAUUCCGGAACUACAUUUUAUCCACAUUCCCCUCUAUUUCAAAUAGCGAUAUCGAUUACUUCAAGAUAAUUACCAUCUCGAUAGAAUUUAACGGAUUUUGAGAUUAUCUGCCAUUAGGCGGCAGAUCCGCCCGCCGCCAUGGCGACUGAUAAUCUCUCUCCAGCGGGGAGCAGUACAUAUUCAUCGGAUACGAUGUAUGUCGGAGAUGGGACUUGGGAUGCUACGAAAAAUGAUUUUCUGUUGCCAAAUUUGAUGGGGUUGAAUUUCGAGACGAUGAGGUAUAAUGGUGAGUGAAUCUUGAAAGCAUCAGGUCACUGACUGGCAUUGCCAUGGAUGAGGGAGCUGACAGAAGAUAGGAAUGGGAAAUCGAUUUGCGACCAUGCCUGGAUACAAAGGAUUAAUUACAGCUCAUGGUAUACUUGCUGCCAUUACGUUUCUUUUCAUUGUACCUGCAGCGGUAUUCAUUGCGAGAUUUUACGGUCGAGACAUAAGGAGAGCGAUACGAUACCAUAUAUAUUUACAAAUCAUGACGUUACUUCUAUCGACAGCUAUUUUCAUACUUGGGUGGAUGGCAGUCGGCCCUGCGCGAAGUUUGACAAAUCCUCAUCAUGGAAUUGGGUUGGCAAUUUAUGUCUUAAUUUGGGUACAAUUUCUAUCGGGCUGGUGGACACAUAAUUCGGAGAAAAAGCGAGUUUUGAGAAGAAUUCCUUUCAAAGCAUUCUUCCACCAAUGGAUAGGUCGCGUAACAGCACUACUUGCAAUUGCCCAAGUACCUUUAGGACUGACUUUGUAUGGAUCACCAAAAUAUCUCUUUAUACUCUUCGCUGUUUGGAUGGGUCUUCUAGUGUUGUUAUACUUCAUUCUUUCAUACAGAGCACUCCAAGCACUUCCAGAAGUAAUACGAGAAGGAAGUAGUCAUGGCGAGGUAAUUCGGGAGAGGAGGAAGAGCUCAUUUGGUGCAGGUAUACUCGGACCUUUACUUGCAGGCGCCGGAGCUGCUGCUUUGCUUGGAAAUCGAGAACGAGAACGAGAUCGGAGGAGGAGCAGGAGUCGCAGUCACAGCAGAGUCCGGGAAGAAGUUAUACCUUCGCGCCGUGGGUCAAGAUCUCGGCGUGGCUCCGUAAGCUAUGUCGAAGAGAAACAUGAAUCCAGGCAAAAAGACGAUGGAGGUGUGAUGGAUUCAUUGUUUAAGGGUGCGGCGGUUCUCGGUGCUGGCGCGCUUGCAAAGAGUUUUUUCGACCGACGACAACGAACACACCAUGCAGACGAAUAUUCCUCUGUUGCUCACGAUACUCCAGCUAGAAGGAAUCAUAGACGUAAUGACAGCGAGUAUAGUGAAUCUACUAUUCCUAUUGAGCGAACAGGUCGUUACGAAGAUCGUAGAGGAAAUCGUCCCACCUUACCUGGUCCCGGAAAAUCAGUACCUGCCGCAGCUGAAGCACGCCCAACGACCCCAAGGCCUGUGACUCCCGUGACUCCUCGACCAAUACGGAGUCAAGCCGGUCGAUCGCAUAGUUUUGAUUCUAUGAGUUAUUCUUACGAUUAUGGAUCCGGUAGUACUGUUAGUCCAUCUCGAAGACCGCAAGAAAAUCAUGGACUACGAAAUGGGCUGCUAGCUGGCUUGGGAAUAGGCUGGUUUACCAAGAAAAUGAAAGAUCGCAAGGAAAAGAAGGAAAUGGAUCGGAUUGAACGCGAUGAAGAUGAAAGAUAUGAACGAGAAAGAGCUUCUCGACAUAUUAAUCAAGGCUCACAUUUGACAAGCGACGCAUUUCCACCAAGAACUAAUCUCAGACGAAGCUCUAUAGAAUCAUCAGAACUUUCAUCACUAGUCGACCCUCAUCCUAGACCCGUAGCAUCAGCAUCAGCGCCACCCCCAAUUCCUGUUAGUAUGGGUCAAUCUCAUUCCCGCCAUGAUGUCGUAACAGAACCAGUCUCAAUGCCUCGCAUGCCCGGCGACACACAUGGUAUCCUCCAUCUGCCUUCCGAUAGUGAUAUAACACCAACUCCUGGUCGAAAUCUUCCCCGAUCGCCGAUUCGCAGAGAUGAAGGUGAGGCUGCUGCAGCUGCCGCGGUAGCCGGAGCUGCUACUCUAGCUGCAGAAGAGGAACGUCGCCGUCAAAGAUCUCGCUCCAGGUCUGCCGUCGCAAGUCCACCUGUCAGUGUUAAAGUCAGAAUGCACGGAGACAAAGAUCGCAAUGUUACUUUACGGCGACUUACAGAACAGGAAGCAGCAGCCGAACGUGCAUCGAGAAGAGCUCGAAGUGGCCAAAGACGUUCAGGAAGGGAUUCCAUAAGUGAUUUCAGUGAUGGUGAGGUUUCAUCUCGAUAUCGGAGAGAAGCAGAAAAGAGGGCGGAAAGGAGGGCAGAAUCAAUGGUCAGAGAUAAAAAUGAUGAAGCGGGCCUCCCACCACCACCAAUAGGUCCCUUGACGCCACCUAACCCUGCAUUUUCAGGAGGAAAGAAACCUAAAGACUCAGCUUACUAUUCUGGAAGACCACAGAGUUCUGGUAGACCACAAAGCGCUGGCAACCAAGAUCCGAGUGUAGCUGGAGGGAGUGUGUUUGAAGCGGGGAAGAGUAAUAUGUCAGAAGAUACUCAUGGUACAUGGAGUGCAAUGAGUCCUGAUUCUGGCACGGAUCAUGCUAGGGAAAGGAGGCAAAGGAGGAGAAUGGAGAGACAGAGGCGAAGUAUAGGGGCAGGGACGGCAGGCACAGUUGAUUUUACUUGAGUUCUUUGUGCUCGAGUUGUAUUAUUGUUUGGUGUUUGGUGUUGGAAAAAAAGGUUUGAUUUUUGGUAGAAAUGAGGUCGAGGAGAUGGUAAAAUGGAACGAAAUGCAUAAUGUCUGUUUGUUUCACCUCGAAUCCUUUUGUAUAUGGAUGAUGGAAUGACGAAUGAGGACCGCAUAGGGUCAUCAUAGGAUACGAAAUUUUUUUCAUGAGAAAUGGUUGGAGAUGUGUUGAGAAAAUUAGGCGAGCAACUACAAUUUCGCGUAGAUACGAUACCUAGCUUAGCUAACUGUAUGUUUGUUGUUUAGCUUACUUUUUCUACAUAUUAUAUAAUUGUUAUU